AGAGUUGACGGGAGGUAAUCCCCUCCAUGUGAGGAGGCGGCACGGGUGCGGAGGCGUGUUGUUUUUCAUUCAAAUCCUUACUAGUCCUAUAAAAAGCGGAACUCGGAGCUAGAAAGAAAGAGAGAGAGAGAGAGAGAGAGAGAGAGAGAGAGAGAGAGAGAGAGAGGAAAGCGCACAGAACGACAAGGCUGUAUCUGUGGGGAUGGAGAUGCUGCAUGGAUCCGCAGGUGUCCAAACGGCGCUGAAAAACGCCGCCGUGUGCGUAAUGCUGCUUCCGCGCUUCCUUCUCGCCGCGGUGAUGCUCUGGCUCCUGGAUUUCUUGUGCAUCCGAAGGAAGGUGCUCACGAGGAUGCGAGAGAGCGACCCGAGCAGCCCCGACGAUCCGCCGCUGUGCGUGUCAGACUCCAACAAGAUGUUCACGCUCGAGUCGCUGCGCGCCGUUUGGUACGGCCACAAGCUGGACUUCUUCAAGACGGCGCAUCUGGGAGGCGCGGCGCCCAACACCGAGGUGGUUCCGCUGGACAGCGCGUCGCGGAGAGGCGCGCAUCGGAUCCUGGACUACGCCCGCGGGAGGAGACCCCUGAUCCUGAACUUUGGCAGCUGCUCCUGACCUCCGUUCAUGACGCGCCUCGCGGCGUUCCAACGCGUCGCGCGGCAGUACGCGGACAUCGCGGACUCGCUGCUGGUGUAUAUCGAGGAAGCGCAUCCUUCAGACGGCUGGGUGAGUUCCGACGCGCCUUACCAGAUCCCUAGGCACCGCUGUCUGGAGGACAGACUCCGCGCCGCGGAGCUCAUGAACCGCGAGGCGCAGGGGAGCGCCGUGGUCGUGGACACCAUGGAGAACUCGUCUAACUCGGCGUACGGCGCCUAUUUUGAGCGCCUCUACAUACUGAAGGACGAGAGGGUCGUGUAUCAAGGCGGCAGGGGUCCAGAAGGCUACCGGAUUUCGGAGCUCAGAGACUGGCUGGAGCGCUACCGGAGCGAUCUGGAAGCUUCUAAAGCGGCGACGGUGGUGCACGUUUAAGGCGGAUGGAUGCGCGGAUGGAUGCACGGAUGUUUUCUUUCCCUCAGCCCCACUCUCCCCUGCUGAAAAAAAAAACAGACACCAUCACAAAAUGUGUAAUGGUUGUACUGGUUAUAGCACACGUACGUCUGCGAGAUGUAGAUUGCUUGAUCUGGAAAGCAUCUGCUGUACAAACGAGAUGUCAGUUUUACAUGCAUUCUAAAUUAUAAACAUCUCUAAUAGAUGACAUCUAAAAGGAAACGUCCUAUAGACGUAUUGCAAAUGAGCAAACACUCAAAAAAAAAAAAAAAACGUCUUCCAGAUGUAAUGCAGACGUCAAAUAGACGUCUCCGUGAUGUACGUGUGCUAUCAGGGGAUUGGGAGUUGUAUUGGUUUUAAUGGAAACAGUAAUGGACCCUGUGGGUUUCUACUGGUAAUUGGUCUACCUUUUAUUGGUGGCUUGUUAAAACCAUUAAAUCCUAAUGGAAUGUGUCCCAAAACACACUACAGAAAACCAUUUUUAAUGGUUCUAAUGGUUACGAGUUGAUGGUUUGUAAGGGUAUUUGUAGUGGAAACCAUUAGAAUUUCUGUGAUGGUUUCUAUUGUUUUUUUUCAGCAGGGUUGUGUCCUUAUCAUCAAGUCGUUGGCUGCGUUUCAAAACGUAGGCUACACUCUUAAAAAUAAAGGUGCUUACACUCUUAAGGCGAGACACUGCAGGUGAAAAGGGUAAACAAAUUAACUAAUAGUUAUCGCCUUACUUACCCAGUUGAUUAUGUUGAUAAUUGCAAACAUUUUUUGUAAUACAAAUGUUUUCUAAAAUGUCAGGUUUAAAUAUGCAAAUGAGGCAUUAUUUAACGAAACAUGCGCUAAUUUUGCAUAGACUUCUAGCACAAAAAUCUAAACACGGGAUGAAGUCAGUUUCAAAAUUCUUGUUUAAUUAUUUUUAUUUGUUUUGACAUAUUAGUCAAAUGUUUUUACAGAGGGAUCUAAUUUUCGUCACUCUGCUUAGAAAAUGCUUAGAACGGACAGAAAACAAUAUAUUUUUUAAAUUUUUGGGGAAAUAAAAUGUUGUAUAUAUUCAAGCAAAUGAUAUAUGAACAAAACCCUCUGUAAAAACCUUCAGGAUACAGACAGGUGUGUAGAUUUAUGGCAGAAAAAAAAAAUCAUUUUAAAGAACACGGCCUUUUAAAAUAUGAAAUCUAUUGACACAAAUAGACUUAACAGUGUCUUUUGAAUGUUUUCUUUCCACUAGUUUGAAAAAAAAAAAUAUAUAUAUAUAUAUGUAUGAAAAACCAAAAAGCCCAAAAUUUAAAACUUGACAGAUGCAUGAAAAAACAGUGUUUUUGCCUGCAGUGUCUCCCCUUAAAAAUAGAGGUUCUUUAUUGGUAUCAGUGGUUCCACAAAGAACCGUUACCAUCCAUAGAACCUUUUCAUUCCGCAAAAGCUUCUUUACAGUGGAAAAAGUUUCUUUAGAUUACUAAAAUGUUCUUCUCACAAAGAAAAAAUGGUUCUUAUACGAACUGUUCACAGCGAAGCCAUAGAAGAACCAUUUUUGGUUCCACAAAGAACCAUUUUAUAAUCAUUUUUAAUAACCUUCUUUUGCCACAAAGAAGCAGAAAUGUUAAAGGUUCUUUAUGGAACCAAAAAGGUUCUUCUAUGGCAUCGUGAAGCACCUUUAUUUUUAAGUGUAGCGACUCGAUGUUUGCGAAAAGUUCCAUUAUAUCUUCUACAGAUCGUUUCGGUCUAAACUUUCUCAGCUACAUUGAGAUGUUCUCAAGAAGGUCUUUAUGGAGCAUGCAUUGAGCCAGGCUUUUCGACCAGGGGUCCAUGCACUGUAAAAGCGUUUUCUCAGGUAACCUAGAAAUGAAAAUGACAUUAGGUUACACCAAUGAAAGCAUUUUUACACGUUGCACAUUUCACUUUUUUUACAGUGUGGACCCCUGGGGGCCCGUGAAGGUACUCCAGUAGGAAACGGUGGUGGAUGGAUGUUUUUCCAGCUCGAUCUCGUGUCUUUAUAUUGAAGUCAUUAGCUGUGUUCAAAACUCAGUGACUGUCUGUGCACUUUUUACGCUGUACGCUUCUUUAGAUCACAUUAGAAAUGCUGUAGAUGCUAAAUGGCUCUUUUGGAAAUUACAAAAAAAAAAAAUAAUAAUAAUUCUCGAUGUUUCAUUACAGGUUCUGAUCGAUCUCAAGGUGUUUUUUUAAAAACUAGAUCCAGGGUUUUCAACCGGGAGAGAAGAAAUGCUGCUUAAACCAUGUGAAAACAUGAACUAAUGAUGUGCUUAGAAUUACAUUACUCUUAUAUUUUUAAUAAAAGUUGUUUUAAAGUGCUGUUUCUAGGGUCUGUAAAGGUUGAAAACCCUUGAGCUAGAGGAUAAAACACUUAAACAUGCAUUUUGUGCAUCUAGAUGUGCAGCUCGCCAGGUUUUGAACACAGCCGUCAAAUCAGUGUCUUCUGCUGCUGCUACGGUCAACCACAAUACUGCAAACGUUGGGUUUUAGUUUCAUGCAUACGGUUAUCUAAACAGAUGUUUAUGUUGUCAGUGGCCAUGCGACCGCAUGAUAGCUGUUGUGCUUCGUCUCUGUUCUUUAGGCCUACUUGUUUUAUGUCAAUCCAACCUGGCAUUUUAUUUGAGAUACUGCAGAAACGGUAUAUCUAUCUAUCUGAAACAUAUCCUAUUUUAUUUUUGUAUGGUAUCUUUCCCUUGUGAGUGUAUGUGUGAGUGUGUGUGUGUGCGGCCAGGAGGCCCUUUCAUUGUACUCUGGAGUUAUUGUGAAGAUCGGUUUUUAAAAGGAUUUUAACCAGAAAACCGAUACUGAUGUAAUUUGACACUAGAGUACAGGACAGAGAAAUGGCCUCCAGACGUAUUGCCAAAUGUUGUUUUGUAAAUGGUGUAUAUUUUAUUGAACACUUUUUUUAAAUAAAUGGUAGAGCACCCUCUAAAUCGGGUUUAUCUGUAAUUUCUAGGUGACUUAAGACGUCUCAGAUGGACUUGAAAUGUAAAAAUAAACAGUCGUGUGAGAUACAGCUUAAUUAAUAUAUUCCUGCUGGAAUAAUUGAUUUAUUGACAUGCAAGAUAAACUAUGCUUUUUUUGUGGCUGUAAGAAAAUUUUGCAUUUCCAAACUAUAUUUUGUUUUGCAUACAUUAUCUCUCAUAUUCCCUCUCAUUAUGUUUAUAGGGUUGUAUAGAAUUUUGAGCUUUUGCAUUGGGAAAUUUUGAGCUUAUAUUUUUAAAAUUUAAUUUAAAAAAGCAAACACACUAUCCAUAAUUUAUAGUGUUUGUUAGGCCAAGCAUCACUAUUAAUAUUGCUGUAAAUUAAUAUUUUAAAUAAACGGUAUAAUAUGUGUCCCUGCAGCACAGAAGCAGUCAUAAGCAGCAGCUAUAUCUGCAGCAAUAACCAACAAUACAUUGUAU